CAGGAGCUCCUUUUCUCCAUUUCACAAUCACAGAAAGGAUCCCAUCUUCAUCUACCCCUAUCUUUUCUCCCUCUCUCUUUUCUCUCUGCUGACUCUGCAACAACAAUCCGCAAAUCACUCACCUGCGCAAAAGCAGACGUAGCAGACAUGUGGGAUUACAUGCUCAGCUGGCUCACACCCACCUCGCUCUUCAUCUUCCUCAACCUCACCAUCGGCACCAUCGUCAUCUCCCACCGCUUCCACAAAACGCCACAUCAAGAACAAGAACACAGCCAACUCGUUGGACCGCCGUCGCUUUUGCAACGGGUCCGGUCGCUCGACUUUUCCUACUACAACUUCCAACCCGAUCACCCGGAACUCCAUCAGGUAACAAACUACCCGGAAAACGCAACCGGAUUAGUUCGCACUCCGUCGCUCAUGGAAAGGCUCAGGUCCAUCAACUUUUCCUACUACAACUUCCAACAACCCUACCUGCAGGAACCCGAACACGUAACACCGGACAACCCGACCGGACUUGUCCGGACUCCCUCGCUCUUGGAGAGGAUCAGGUCCUUCAACUAUAGCUUCCAACAACCCGACCACGUAACAGAACACCCAACACCGGACCACCAAACCGGAAUAGUCAGGACUCCUUCUCUCCUGGCCCGGCUCAAGUCAAUGGAGUUUUCCUCACUCUACAGAUCCGACCCGGAAACUAAAGAUCUUCAUCCAGCCGAGGCCUACGACGCGAAACCGAAGCAGGACCAUAUGGUUCAUCGGAGCAAGUCGGACACUGGUCAUGAAGCUUCGGAAAGGCAACCUGAGAAAGUGAUGAAGAAGUCCACCCGCGAAAGAGUGUCCGAAGAAAACGACACGGAUGACGUCCGGCCGCGAAGGGUGGUGGAGAAAACGAGGUCGUUUGGAGAUGACAAAGAAGUUGACGCGAAAGCUGACGACUUCAUUAACCGGUUCAAGCAGCAGCUCAAAUUGCAAAGGCUGCACUCGCUCAAGCAGCAGCUCAAGCGAUAAUUUUUUUUUUGCUUGAAUAUGAAUUUUAUUUCUUUUGCUUUGUGAACCCUUUUUAAGGAUUUGAGGAGGUUACUGUGUUAAGUUGGUGGUAUUUCUGGUAUUGUAAAUCUAAAUAUCUAUUGCUAUGCAUUGCAGGUGAUAAUGUAUA